AUGGACCUUGGCACCGCCGCAGCUGCGCUCGCCGGAGGGGUGACCGUGGCGGCAUACCUCAAUGCCAAAUUCCACCUGAGGAAGGACAUGAGUGCUAUUUGGUCUCUGAAAAAAGCCGAGCGCUCAUUAGCGCAAGCUCUUGCGAAGAACCAAGCAAACGCGUGGUUCGUCCUCCUCGAGACCGUCAAACGACACCCGGAUAUGAUAGCUCUUUGGACACGGGAGCGAUCAUAUACCUACCGCGACUUACAGGACCAGGCUUGUCAAUAUGCUCACUUUUUCCUGGCAAAUGGUGUGAAGAAAGGUGAUCUCGUCGCCUUCUUCCUGCAGAACCGAGCGGAAUUUUUGAUCGCAUGGAUCGCGCUUUGGAGUAUUGGGUGUGCUCCCGCUGCUAUCAAUCACAACUUGACUGGCGACGCUUUGGUCCAUUGUCUCAAGAUUAGUGGCGCAAAGCUCACCCUGGUAGACGAAGAUCCUAUCUGUAUCGCGCGUGUGGAGGAGCGUCGAGAUACGCUGACUGGUGAAUUGGGCAUGGAGCUUAAGACUCUGGACGAGUCGCUCAAGGCCCAUAUUCGCACUUUCCCGACUACUCUUCCACCGAAGGAGCUGGCGCUAGGCAUGAAGGGCGAGUUCCCAUCUAUCCUGCUGUAUACGUCCGGGACAACUGGUAUGCCCAAGGGCUGCGCGUUCACCAUGUCCCGACUUUAUACGACCCUGACCACACGACGUGAUGCGAUGGGUGAUAUAAAGGGCCCUGAUGGUGACCGCUGGUAUAGUUGUAUGCCGCUGUAUCACGGUACCGCAGCCAUGACUCUGAUUGCAUGCCUGACGUCCGGCGUCAGUAUUGCGUUGGGUCCCAAAUUCAGCGUGCGGAAUUUCUGGAAGGAUAUUCGAGACUCGGAAGCAACUGUCUUUGUCUACGUUGGUGAGACGGCUCGAUACUUGCUUGCACCUCCGCCAUCGCCUCUGGAUCGCAAGCACAAAGUGCGCUGCAUGUAUGGCAAUGGUCUGCGCCCAGAUGUGUGGGAGCAAUUCCGCGAGCGCUUCGGUGUGCCCGAGGUGGGCGAAUUCUUCAACAGUACAGAGGGCAUCUUUGGUUUGUUCAACUAUAACCGCGGCCCAUUCACGGCAGGGAGCGUUGGACACCAUGGUCUUUUGAUGCGCGGUCUGUUGCAUAAUGUUUUCGUGCCUGUUGCCAUUGAUCCCGAGACGGGCGAUGUUCUGCGAGACUCGAGCACAGGGUUCGCCGUGCGAGCAACAUAUGAUGAAGGAGGUGAGAUUCUUGUGAAUAUCCCUGGCAAGGAGGCAUUCCAAGGAUACUGGCGCAACGACUCUGCAACUGAGAAGAAAUAUCUUCGCGAUGUCUUCAAGAAGGGCGAUCUAUACUACCGAUCUGGCGAUGCCCUGCGCCGUCAAGGUGAUGGACGCUGGUACUUCCUCGACCGUCUUGGAGAUACUUUCCGCUGGAAGAGUGAGAACGUUGCAACCGCCGAAGUCUCCGAAGUAAUCGGCAAAUUCCCCGGCGUCCAAGAAGCCAACGUCUACGGCGUCCGCCUGCCCAACCACGAAGGCCGUGCCGGCUGCGCAGCACUCCAAAUCAGCCCCGACGCCCGGCAGACCUUUGACUAUGCCGCUCUGGCACGCUACGCCCGCUCCAAACUGCCACGCUACGCAGUGCCAGUCUUCCUCCGGGUGGUCGAUAAAUCCACCCAUAUCCAUAACCAUAAGCAGAAUAAGGUGCCGCUCCGUGAGGAGGGAGUGGAUCCCGCGCUCAUUGGGACGAAGGUGCCUGAUGGUAAGAGUGAUGAUUUCUUGUGGAUUGCGCCUGGGGAUGAGGCAUAUACACCUUUUGGAAGGGAGGAUUGGGAGAAGAUUGCGAAUGGAAGUGCCCGGUUGUAA